AUGCCAAUUUGCGUAGAAUGUGGAGCACCAGUGACAAACUUAUAUACAGAAUAUAGUAAAGGGAAUAUUCACUUAACUCAUUGUGAGAAAUGUAAAAAAUUUGCAGAUAAAUAUAUCGAACAUGAUUUCGUUAUAAUUUUUAUCGAUAUGCUUUUACAUAAACCACAAGUUUAUAGACAUUUAUUAUUUAAUCGAUUAGAAUAUAGAGAUUAUGGAGUAGCCAAAUGUAUUGAAGCUUGGAAUAUUGUUAAUACUUUUUGA